ACAAAACGUUGAGUUGUUAGCGUUUUCUAUUUGCGUUUGCGUUUAAUAUUUCUUUCUGUUGAAUACUUAGUUUCUUUAGUUUGUUUUGAAGUGAUAAAGCCCGAUUGGGCCACGUUUUGUACGUAAAGCCUAAAGCGGAAGUGAUUCGAAUGCCACAAUCGUCGACGGACCCUGAGAAUGCGCAGCGCAAAGUUACAGGCAGCUCUGGUUAAGCGCCGUGAAGCGGAGCAAAUUAAGUACCAAAAGUCGGCGGCCGUCGAGCGUUACUAUGACCAGUGGGGCCGCAUUACCAGCCGGUUCGAGUCCUGGACCACCCCACAGUACUACCGCGAGGCGGAAGAAGCGCUCCGGAAGCGGGAGGACGACAAGCGCAAAGCGGAAGCCCUUGACACCAAACGGGAACGGCUGAAAGAACUGCUAGCGCGGGAAAAUGAACAGCUUAAAAAGGAAAUGGACGAUAUAGCGCGUCCGAAGCCGAAAGCAUUGUCGACCGAAAUUCUGGAAGGUGUCCGGGCUCGGAUACAGAACGCGGAGGAAGCGAAGAAGCGCAUCGAUCUCGAGGCCAACCUGUACAGUAAAUGGCGUUCUGGGGUCGAUCGCGAUGGUGUCAUCAUGGAUUCGCGGUCACCGCACCAGGCGAUGGCCAAACUGAACUGGAUCGACCGGCAGGUCGAGCUGCAGCUGCAGGAUGAGCAAGAUCGCCGCGAACAGCAGGAGCGUGAUUUGCGGCUCCACGAAGAGGUGCGCCACCGGGAGGAACGCUUGCUGGAGAAGAGCCGCAUGCGGGAACAGGAGAUUAAGGAACUGCGCAGCCUGCAGGAGGUGCACAUGGCCGAGCUGAAAACGCGCGAACACGAAACGAACGAACUAAACAUGUACGAGGUGCGGUUGAAGACGAAAAAGGAAGAGAUGGCCAAGGAGUUGGAAGCGUUGCGUGUGUAUAACGAUCGGCGACGCGAUCGUGUAAUGGCGAUGCAUAACUUGAGGCGCAUCAAGAUGCUGCUGCGCGAGCGCUCCGAAGCGGUGCGCACCGAUCUGCGGCACGAUCUGCUGUUGUUGCAGCGCAUCAGCCUGGACAACCCGGCGGCCACGGAUAGUACGGACGGUAUCAAGUAUUUGAGCCGCAAGUUCCAGCUUCAGCUGGAUCUGGAGGUGGAACAGCAGACGGCGAUCGAAAACAUGUACGAGUCGGAAGCGAAACACAAUCUGGCCAAGUGGGAAGACAAGUGGAACAGUGAGGCCAUUAUCCGGGAGCAGCAGCUGCGCUGUCUGCUCGAGGACCGGUUGAUGGAGUUCGAGGCGAAGCUGAUCGAGUGCGCCAAACGACAGCGCGAACUGAUCGAGGUACGCGAGCAGCACAUCAAAGCGAUCGAAAAUGCGAAUCAACGACUGAAGGCGCUAAUGUCGGAGAAAUCGCGCGAUGAGUGUGAAACCUCCACCAACGGAGGGGGUCAGCAUAGGGAUCGCGAUCGGGAGGUUAGACGCCCCUCGACCCAAAGCUCGCAACGAAGCAGUACCUUCAGCAGCAUCUUUCCGUUUGACGAUCCGAGCUUCGGUGUACCGUCGACCGGAAGUAAGACACGCGACGCGACACGACUGCUUCCGGACAAACGGGGGACGAAUGCCGAACCGGAGGCUCUGGUUGUGCCGAGGUUUGGCCGAAAAAAGGUAGCAUGGUGUUAGGAGCGACCACAAGUGACAAUGUCCGUCCACUGCCAUUCGAUGGUGAACUCGAUAUUUAGGAAGCUAGGAAUACGCGGUUUUUUAAACAAAUUUUCA